AUGAUUGUAGGAAAUAGAAAAGAUUUAAUUCACUCUUUAUCUCUUUCAAACAUUUCAAAUAUCUCUCCUAAUACUGUUAGACUGACUCCAGUGCUAAAUCACCCUAAUUCUGAAUCAACAACUCGAGAUGUGACAAUUAGCCGAGGACGCACAAUUAAAGCUGACUUACAAGGGAUUUCAUCAACUGAACGAAUUUCACAUAGAAACUCCAAAAGUCUGAAUAUAAAAGUGUCUCCUGAUAUAGCUGCAGAAGUUGUUAAAAAAUAUAUUUUACCGAUGUUUGAAGCUGACACUCGAAAUCUCAAAGAUACAAAAAGAUCUCAAGCUUUUGGGAUUCCAAAAACUGAAAGAUCAAGAAACAACUCAUUAUCUGCUAUAGAUGGGACUGUUUAUUCAGAAUUAAAACUCAGUGAUAAAUUAAACCAAGAAAUCAAGCUUUUGAGAGAAGAAGUUGAGAAGCAAGUUCAAUGUGUAAAAAAAGUUGAACAAGAAAAAGAAAUAAUAAAGAAUGAAUUUGAUAAAGUGAAGGAUACACUAUUUAGAGUUGAGGCAAAUUAUUUUGCAUUGAAUUUUGAGCAUAUUGAGUUGAAUAAAGAACUUCAAGGAGCCCAGCAGCACUAUAAUAUGCUUGAAGAGCAAAUCCAGCAGUAUCAAAAACAUAAUAGCGAACUUGAUACUAAAGUUAGCGCGCUAGGAAUUCAGCUGCAUGAUGAAAUGGCAAAGAAUGACAAAUUAAAGAAUAUUGCAUUGCAGCUUCAUCAUGGAAAUUCUUUGCUUGUAAUGCAGAGCGAAAUUAUGGGGGAAAGACUAAAAGGACUUUUUGAGUCUUUUGAUCUUCUUACUAAGGCUUGAAGUGCGGAAGCUAAAUUUCCCUCCCACUUUAAAUUGGACAAACAUCGAUAAGAUUUCUAUUUUUUGGUUACUUUUUAACCCCCUUUUUAAUUGAAACAUUUUGCUUUCAUAAGAAAAUUUUAUAGAUGAAAAUACUAAUAUAAAAUUAGUUUAACCUAAUUUAAUUGGAAAAAUCAAUUAGAAUAUUAAUGCUUUGCAUUAUCUUCUUAUCUGAUCUGGCAGGUGAAAAAUUUCUCCAAACAUGGAGAAAAUUUUGACAUGUACAAUCUUAUAUGAAAUACAUAACAUUUUAAAAUUCAAAAUAUUGAUACUUUUAAUUUUUAUAAUAGAAAAAAAAUUUAAUUUAAUUUUUUUAAAAAGAUUAAUCCCUCUUUAAAUUGGAGCAUGAUUUUUGUCCCAAUUUAAAUGGGAAGGGACUAAGCUAACUGAUGAAUAUGAGAUUUUAAGCCAAUGAGGCAAAGUAUUGUCAAAUGAUUUUAUUAAUUUAUAUAGUGAAUUGAAAAAUGUGUCGUCAAGUAGGGAUGAAUUAUUUAAAGACUCUGUUGAGCUCAUUGAGCUAAAAAGCGAGCUUCAAGGUCAGCGUGACAAAAUUUAUAAAGCAUUCAAAGACAGAGUUGCUAAUCUUGAGAGUGAGCUCACAAAAGCUCAGCAAGAAUUAGUGACAACAAAGCAAGAAUGCUCUACUCUUGAAAAAAAAUUCAAUGAUAUAUCAAAUGAAUACAAUCGACUACGGCAAAGACUAAAGCAAGUCAAAUUUCAAUCAGAAAUUGAAGAAAAGUUUUGCAAAAACUGCCAAAAGCCUUAUAUCGAGUCUGAAAACUAUAAUUGGUCUUGCAAAACUCAUAAAAGUAAAUUUAAUGGAGAUGUGUAUUGGUGCUGCGGAAAAACAGGUAAAGAUGCCCCAGGAUGUGUUUCUUCUAAGCAUACAUCAAAAGAUGACGAUGAAAUUGAAGUCACUAAUGAGAAUUUGAAAAACGCCAACAGAUGAUGCACGGUAAAUUAUAUAUAGAAUUGCAAGCUGCUUGGCCAUUCAACUCAAGAGUGCCCUAAAGACCCUAAUGCUCGAACAAAAUAUGAGCCUAAAGACGAACUCGAAAGGAUUUUAGAGGUUGCAAAAAACCGAAGAAAAUCUCAUUUAUUUGAAAAUGAUAUUCAAGAAAGAAUGCUGAACUUGUUCCAAGAAAACAAUAUGAAAGUAGAAGAAACAGAGUAUGAGCCUACAGAAGAAUGGUCGGAAGACACUGAAGACAAAGGAAAGUCGUUUAAAGAUUUGUUAAGGAUUAAAAAAGAAGUUCCUUUUGAUCCUUAUAUAAAUAGAGUUGCGCUUGAAAGCAGUGCCCUCAAUGAAGAAGCAAAGAGCUCUUAUCUAAUGACCAAGACAAACCAAUCGUUUAAAUCCAAAGAAACCAAAAUAUUUAGAAUCAAUUCAUAG